UUGAGGAUAAGGCCAUACCAUUGGCCAUUACCAUAGAAAGAUAAAAAAGCAGGAAAUUGGAUAUCUUCAAGAAUUAAAGAUGAAUACAAUUCCCAGUACUAGGCCAUUUGAAGCUAAAUCCUUGAACAUUUUCCCAAGAGCCACCACCAACAGUUCAGCUUCACAGUCUUCUUCACCUAAAAGAAAUGACCACCUCCCUUUGAUAAAGAAAAAGAUUCAAAGGCCGGGGCGCCGCCUGAUAACUGUAUCUACAUCAGAUGGAAAAUGGCAAGGAAGCUGGAACUCUGACUACACCUUCACUCUCAGGGAUCUCCACCUUCAAGAGCUAGCAGAAGACAUCAAUCAAGAUGCCCAAGUUUCUGUUACUCUCUGCAUUCACAAGCAUACAGGCUUUGGUCUCUCUGUGGAUGGUAGGGUCUUAGCAUCCUUCACCAGAAAAUGCAGCAACUGCUCCUCACCUUUCUGCAGAGAGAUUGAUGCGAAUUUUAACGUUUGGGUUCUGCCAAGCAGGCCAAAGGCCUCUGCUCAGGAACUCCCCUUUCUAGGCUACGAAGAUCCCUCAGUUAUCUAUGUGAAGCCGGGACAUGAAGCCAACCUUGAUUCACUCGUACAGGACACAGUUCGGCUUGCAACCUCGGUGAAGGAGACUUGUUCAGAGUCUUGUGAGAAGUCUGAACCUAAAUUGCAGUUUUUGGAUAAACAGAAUGCUGCCCCAGUUAAUAGGAGGUGGUCUAGAUUGUUGGAGCUAAAAAAUGCAGGCUUAUGAAACAUGUACAUUUAUUAAUAGCUCAUUUAUUUGUGUAGAAAGUGAUAUAUAUGUAAACCUAAUAGAUAUAAAGUAGCAAAGCUGAGUGAAUAAAAUGGCAACGCUGAUGAGGAAUAAUGUUCCUUCAGACUUGUAUAGGCUCAUAAUAUACCAAGUGCAUUUUCAAGGGAUGGAUUUGCAUGA